UGGAAGUAGGUGUUACAUGUGGCAGGUAAAUCCAGUGGAAUUCACAGUUUUGUCAGUUUGUGUUAUCUGGAAUUCCUUAAGAAAAGUCCCUCCCCACCACUCUCAAAAUACUACGAUCUCCAGUACAAGUAUAUAUCUUUAUUGUAUUCUCGCUUCAUACAAAGUUAUUCCGCGAACCGGUACAGUAAAUUGAAAUAAGAACAAAGAAAUUGUAGUAAUAUCCAUCAAAAAACCUAAAUCACUUUAUGAUGCUUCCCAGUGCUUGACGAGGCUUUCGCAAACGGAAAAGAUACUGAACUCAGAGCGCACCUUUCAGGUGAAAAAGCUUUCGAUAGUACACUCCAGCACUAGUUUCGAACGGGGCAGCGGCUACGGUUCUCCAAACAGUCUCGCUUUUGUUAAGUUUCUUAAAUUCGUUAAAUUUCUUUAAUGUGUUUUCAAAUAAUUAGUGUUAAUUCGAAUGAGUGCUGAAACUUGUUAAAUAAUAACAAUAAAAAAUUGUGUCUUGCACAUAAUUUUAUGUGGCACGGUUUUGUGGCAGAUUUUAUUUAUUAUUUAUUAUAAUAAAUUUAUUUGUGGUAAAUUUAAUGCCUGCAGCUAUGAAUAAAAGCAAUGGAUAUCACAAUGAAGCGUUUGAAAUGCAUCCGGAAAGUCAGGUUCAGGACACGAAAAGUAUCGAAAAUGGACUAUCGAAAACUGACGAGCCUGUAAAAGAUGCCGAUGGACGGGAUACAUGGUCCAGUGGCCUGGAAUUCUUGAUGGCAUGCAUCUCCUUAUCAGUAGGACUUGGAAACAUAUGGCGAUUUCCAUUCACAGCCUAUGAGAAUGGAGGUGGAGCAUUCGUCAUUCCCUAUAUAAUAGUUCUUAUUAUAAUUGGUAAACCCCUCUACUAUCUAGAAAUGACUAUUGGGCAAUUCGCAAGUAGGAGCUCUGUGAAAAUUUGGAAAGCAUGCCCUCUUCUAAAAGGUGUUGGAAUCGGACAAUUGUUUGGCACUGUAUCUGUAAUAUCAUACUACUCAUCGUUGAUUGCAUUGACACUGUACUAUUUUGGUGUAUCCUUCCAAGCUGUGUUACCGUGGUCAACUUGCCUUGACGAAUGGAUGCCGAAUUGUAUAGAUUCUUCACCCUCUAAUAAUACAUCCUUCCAGCCAGGAACGUUAAGUAGUUCUGAACUCUAUUUCUUGAGGGUAGUACUUCGAGAAAAGUACGACAUAUCAGAUGGGAUUGGAUAUCCAAGUUGGCAAUUGGCCAUUUGCCUUGCUGCGUCAUGGGUUGUAAUCCUUCUAAUUAUUAUGCGCGGAGUGAAAAGUACCGGGAAAGCUUCUUACUUUCUGGCCUUGUUCCCAUACGUGGUUAUGAUUGCGCUCUUAAUACGAGCAGUUACAUUAGACGGAGCCGUUGAUGGUAUUAUUUACUUCCUCAAGCCAAACUGGAAUGAAUUAUUAAAUCCAAAAGUUUGGUAUUCGGCCACUACUCAACUUUUCUUCUCGUUAUCUGUGUGUAUGGGUUCGGUGGUGAUGUUUGCAUCAUAUAAUAAUUUCAGUCAUAAUAUAUACAGAGACGCUAUGAUAGUUACAACUUUGGACACCUUCACAAGUCUCCUAGCAGGAACAACCAUCUUCGGUAUCCUAGGUAAUCUAGCGUAUAACCUGAACACCACGGAUAUUUCAACAGUUGUUAGGAGUGGAACCGGGUUGGCGUUCAUAUCAUAUCCUGAUGCCAUUGCAAAGUUCGAUGUUGUACCUCAAUUAUUUUCAGUUUUGUUCUUCUUUAUGUUAUUUGUACUUGGAACUGGAUCUCUAGUGGCUCUUCAAACCACAGUCGUUACAGUCAUUUGUGACCAAUUCGAAUUUAAGUUUUGGAAAGUAGCCACGGUGUCAAUCGUUUUAGGAUUUUGCGCUGGAUUGGUUUACGUUACUCCGGGAGGACAAUGGAUUUUGAAUUUAGUGGACUACUAUGGAGGAACGUUUGUUCCUUUUGCACUUGCGAUAGUGGAGAUAGGUGGGAUCAUGUGGAUUUAUGGACUGGAUCAAUUUUGUAAAGAUGUCGAAUUCAUGACGAAAAGACACGUGACGCCUUACUGGCGAAUUUGCUGGGCUGUCCUCACUCCCGGACUUCUUAUAGUUAUUUUCGUCUAUUCGAUGGUGAACUACUCUCCAGUCACGUACAGUAAUAACCUCUAUCCAGAUAUAGCAUACGUAUUCGGAUGGCUGAUAAUAGGACUUGCUUUCCUACAAGUUCCUAUUUGGGGCGGGUUAAACGUUUGGAGAAAUUGGACUGGAGGUCUUAUCGAGUCAAUAAAAAAGACAAUCCAACCCACGGAACUGUGGGGGCCUCGCGAUUCAAGCUCUCGUGCAGAAUGGAUGAAAUUCAAGAAGGACUACUUCAGCGAACGAGAACGGAUAAUAGAAGAAAAGCAACAUAAUAUUUUUAUGCAGAAAAUAAACAUGUUGUUUGGGCGAUAUAGAUAAUAAGUUCUAAGAGCGGUAGUGAACCUACGUACAAGACAGUAUUACUGAUAUGUUUUAGCUAUAGGAUGUGUACAUAUUGAAUUUCCCAAUGAAGUUACCUCUUGCUGUAUUAUGAAUAGAACUAUGUACCUAUGUUAUUAUUUACGAUAGGUGCUAAUUGUGGUUCUUGAAACCAAGCCUAGUUUAAAGAGAAAGAAAACAGAUAUUUGUAUGAAAGUGCCAGAAAAGUAGGUAAUACUGCAAAGAAUUAGCUUUUAGUAUCUUUUGUUUGACAACAACAAUACACUAAUUAAAAUUUAAAAUAAUUUUUGAAGAUAACAAUCUUUUUAAAUAUUAUUUUUUUAAUUUAUUUACCUUCCCUGUCAGUGAUAUAUCUUUUUAGUAAGUUGAACUUAAAGUGCAUCUAAAAACUAAGAAUUAGUAGGUUGUAAUGAUAAAUCAAUGUUAAAUAUUUAAAAUGAAGAUUUUCAAUAUAAA